AUGAGUUUUUAAUCAAUUUCAUCUUCAGAUUUAUCAGAUUCAGAUGAAAUGACUUUCAUAAAAACUGAUUAAGAAAGAAUUUUAAAAAAUUCAAACAUAUUAAAGAAUGAUAAUAAUGAAAGCAACAGUUGUUAAAGGCAUCCAAAUAAAAAAGUAAUUAUUUAUUAAUAUUUAGGCAAAAUUUUAUGUAUAACAAAAUAGUAGUUAAUUAUUUUGUUCAAAAUGUGCUUUAAAUUUAGCUUUGUAAGGCCUUUAGAUAGAGGAAACAUAAGAAGUAUAAUUGGAAAUAUAAAGGAAAGAUAAAAUAAAUAACUUUCAGAAAGAUUUACAUUAAGCUCUUUAAUAAUGUGAUUAAAAAUUAGUUAACUUAAAUGAUAUUAAAGAUAAAUUAAUAAGAUAAUGGGAAGAAUAGAAUAUGAAUUGUGAAGAAUUUUUUAAUGUAGUUCAAAAAACAACUAAUUAAUUGAGGUAAACAUACUAUUAAAAAUUCUAAAAUGAUUAUACUACUUCAUAAAAUCAAGUUUAAGAAUAAGUAGAUAAUAUAAAACUAUUAAUACAAUAAUUGAAAUAAUUUUCUAUUGAUAUAUUUACAAAUCAUGAUAACAUAGUUAAAAAAAUGGAAAUGAAACCUUUUGAUGAGAUUAUGCAAAAAUAUUAAAAAAAAGUAGAUGAAAUCAAAUGUCAAUCAUUUCAUAGUCAAUUUUAAAUAUCUUUAAAGUAGCUAAAUAUUGAUUAAAAUUAAAUUCUAACAUUUAUGAAUAAAAUGUGUUAUAAUUUGCUAAUAAAAAAUGAUAGUAUGGAAUAUAAUUAAAAGACAAUGACUAGUUAAUAAAAUUUUGAAUGCAAUUUGUCUAAUAAUUAAAAUUAUAUUGACAUAAUUGAAAAUGAAGAAAUUCAUAGUCCCAUCUCUAUUAUGAAUUAAAUACAACUAUAAUCUCCAAUUCGUUAAUAAUUUAAUAAAUUUGAUUCAAUUAAUUCAAAUCCUGUAAGAAGUAAUGCAAAUACACCUGAAAGUUGGAAAUAAAAGCCUAGUUUAAGAAGAGAUAACAUAACACCAAAUGAUAAAAUAUCCUAUUAAAAUAGUUCUCGUGUUUUAGAGUAAGUUAGUUCAAAAAAAGCUCUUUAAAAAUAAUUAAUUGAUAAAUACUCUUAUUAAUGUAAUGAAAAAUAAAAAACUACAACUGAUUAUGAAAGAAUUAGUGAAAAAUCUUGUUCAAUAUUAAAUAACAAUCUUAGUUGUUUUUAAAUAUAAAAAUUUCUAAAAGAAGCUGAAAGAGGUAGUCUUGAAGACAGAGAAUUGACACCAAAAUAAAAAGUGAUUACUGCUAGUAAAUCUAUUAUGUAUGGUUAAAAUUAUAAUAAUCAAAUUAAGAAUCAUUCGAACUAAAAAUGUAUUUAUAUGAUUGUUAAAUUUAGCUUAGUAAAAUCUGAUAUAAAAUUAUCUCCAUAAAUAACAAAAUGGUUCGGUUCCAAAUUUAAAAUCAGUUUCUCAUUAACAAAAACAAAAUGACACUGUAUAAUUACAUCGUCAACAAGAGGGACAUUUAAGGUCUAAAUCAAAAUAAAUUAAACCUCAAUCUAUAGAAUAAGAUAGUAAAAAAUAAUUUAUUAUUAAUGCUGGAGUUAAUUCAGUAUCCUUACCUUAAAAUGAAGACACUUUAAAAGAUAAAAUAUUAAAAGAGCUAUGUAGUCAUCCCAGUGAAUCAGUUUAUGGUCAAGUAUUAAAAAAUCAUUAAUAAAAAUAAAAAAAUUACAAACCAACCAGCAAAGAAAAUUUUGAAUGGACUUCUUAGAAAAAUAGAACAAUAGGAUAAAAUACAAAUAAGAAAUUAUAAUGA